CAUUUCGUUUUCAUUUUCUUUUUCUUUCUUUUUUCUUCUUUUCCUUAUCGAGUAAAAAAAUAAGUUUUCGAGAGAAAGAUAUGGAUUUGGAAGAAAAGAAAAGAAGAAAAAAAAAACUCUUCAGAAAUAUUUGAAAGAGCAAGAUCGUAAAGAAUCGAUGUCACGCUACACUCUCGACAAUAUUAAUUUGCGAGAUUUUAACGGAACGCGUAUCGCACGAAUGCCUUGAGCAUUAAUAAUUUAUAAUAUUCAUAGCUCGUGACUGUGUGGUAGAGUUCAUUGGGCAUGUAUCUACGGUAUUAUCUUUAACACCAGAGAAACAUAGCACGAACUAUAAUACAAGCGGAAACUCUGACGUCAUGAGACAAACAUUAUUUCAAAUAGCAUUGCUACCGUCGAAUCAUCGAUACUAUCGUCAAGAUGACGAUGACAUAACGAGAAGCUUUUAUUCAAACGAUAAAAAGAUAUUCGAUUGUAAUACGAUAUAAGCCGCGUUCUCGUUUUUAGAGAAAGAGGGUGAAAGUUUCGAGCGUGCUUAGCGAGUAACCUAAUUACUAUUUUAAUUUUAAUAUACAUUACAAUACACACACAGACAUACGUAUAUAUAUAUAUAUAUAUAUAUAUAUAUAUAUAUAUAUACAUCGACUUGCAAUAUUUUCUAAUAUAUUACUUAUCUUACAAUUUUAUAUAUGUAUACGUGUAUAUAUAUAUGCGUGUGUAGAUGUAUAUUAAAAAGUAAGAAUAUUCAUUCGCAAAUACUUUCGAGAAUCUUAAUACUACUUUUGAAGAAUUUUCGUAGACGUUCGAAUAAAGUCGAUAUUCUUCGUUCGUUCGAUUUACGCGUAAUCUUUUGUUACACAAUAAGAAUAAAUCCCUACGAAUGGAGAACUUAUUCCGUAUUCUCCGAGACUUGAGACUCCGGGAGUACUUUCACUGGGACACUGAAAAGUCGCGCGUGAUGAGAAUCAGCCGAAAUUGUUCGAAUUCGCGGCACACGACCAUGGAAUAUAUUAGUCGAUUUUUUCGAUGGAAGUCGAGAGAAGAUUAUUUGUUUCCCAUGUCAUACAUGUUUCUUAUAUAUAUAUUUUUUCUCUCGAUUAAAAGCCAUUUAAUCAGUAUGUAACGUCUACCAAGUAUGUAUGAAGAUUAAUGAACGUUAGAAAGAAGUUCGUUCACAAGAACAUUCUGUCUUCUAUCUUCAUUCUACUUUUAAUCUCAGUUUUAUUUCUAUCAUCGAUUUACGUCAAACUUUUGCGUAGUUCAAUUUUUCAUUAUGUUUUCGGUAUAACAAGGAAAAAUCUUUCCAGAUUCUCUUUUAAUUUGCUAAAAUAUAUAUACAUAUGUACAUACACAAUAAUUAUCUAUCGCUCGUUUCAAAAUAAGAAUUUUGGUAGUUAUAUAUAAAAAGACGAAUCUAUACCACAUCGAUAUGUGUAACAUCAUGAAUCCGUAACAGUAUUGCUUAAGUUUCGAUCGAUGAAAGCCAGUAAGAAAGUCUAUUGUAAUUCGUGAAUGGUCGCGACCCGACUGUAUUUAUAUAUGUGCAGGUAUGGCUGUAGUUUUAGUCGGUGCGAGUCUGUUCAUAUCCUCAUAAGAAUUAGUUUCCCGACAACUGUCUAGCGAUUAAAUGUCGAUAAGCCGAUAACUACAUUUCUUUGACCUUAAGAAGAAUCAGGAGAUAGCAUAGUGCAGUGUGUCGAGUGUUAGAAAGGAUUAUGCUAUUGUGGAAAAUGCGAUUCUCUUUGGUAACAUGUCUCCUCGUCAUUGGAUUAUCAUCACUGACGUAUGCCGGAGAUGCGGAAGAAAGUUCUGAUAUUACGAAAUUAGAAGUAGUAGAAUUGAGCGAAGCGGAAACCGAUAGCGAUGCAAAGGAAUCCGACGUUCAAAUAAAAAGAGAUUCUGGAUAUUCGUAUAAUAGACCAAAUACAAGAUCCAGAUUUCAGUCUGGUCAAUCGGGAUAUCGAGGAAGAAUCGUUACGAGGAUUCCAAGUCAAUUAAAUAGGCCAUUUAACAAAUACGGUCCACCGAGUCAUCAGAAUUUGGGAUUGUCCAAGCCCAAUGUUCAUGGGCAACAACAUCGUGAUAAAUUUCAACAUCAUGGACAAUCUUCUCAACAUCGUCAUCCGAAUAAUCAACAUUCCAAUAAUUUCCCAAAUCAUGGCAAUGGUUUAUGGGAUCAAGGUAUACCAAGUCCUAUAAGAAAUUUGGAUUUUGCCGAAGUCAGUCCUAUAGCCAGUCAAAACAACGAACCAUUUGGUUCGAACACAGCUAAUUAUUUGCCACCUAGAAAUCAAAAAUUGCCAGCUUAUUCGCCAGCUGAUAACUUUUCUCCGCAACAUACAGUAUCACCGUCGCAGAGUCAUCUCGAAAGUCAUAACGCAAAUUUCCAAAAUCAAAAUGUCGUUCAAUCGCAAGGAGGUCAGAUAUCCGAUGCUGCUCUUUUUCUAUCACAAAACGCACAAGCCUUGCAACAACUGUACGGUGCUGCGGCUACUAGCCAAGACUUUGCGCCAAAUGCGAACGAUUUCGUCGAUCAAAAUAAUCAAAUUCAGAAUCCAAACGGUCAAUUGCAACAUUUCGAGAAUACCUCACCAAAUCCUCAAAUCUUUCGAGGACCAUUACCUUCUUACGCUUCGGGUACAUUGAAUCCUCAAGAGACACUUGAGCACAUACAGUCGUUAGAAAAAGAUAGAUUGAUCGCGCAGUUGCAACAAGCGUUGGCUCAAUCCCAAGUCCAAUCUUCCAGUACUGAAGUUAGAUACGCGCAAAAUCAUGGCAAUUAUCCUCAGAAUCAAGAUCUCUUGGCUUCCAUUGGUACGGAAUUUCCACCGCUAGGAACAACGACCGGUCCAAUCAAAUUUCCUUUAGGUUAUGGUCUGACCACAACGACGACUCAAUCACCGGGCACCAGCGCGACAACGACAAUCGCAACUUCAACCGGACGUCCUAUUCAGACUAACAAAGGCGAUGGUACAACGCAGAUCGGUGUAAACGUGCCUGUUCCUGCUCAACCUGGAACUGCGGUCGUAAAUCCCAUAGGAUUCCCAUUGUACGGCGGGUUCGUACCAACCUUCGUAGCAAAUGUCCCUAGCUAUGGAGUUUAUGCUCCAGGCGCAGUGACUCCGAUACAAUCGUCAGGAUCAUCGUCUACUCACUUUGGAAUACCUAUUCCAACAGAUCAAGGAAAUAAAGGAAUUCAACCUCAGCUACCUCCAAAGACACCACCGUCAGCUAGUCAACCUGGAGUUGUCACUUCAACGCCCGUUCAACCAGUACAUCCGACUUCUCCUUUGCAUCCUGUUGCUACACCCAUUCAUCCUAUCCUCCCAGCAACUCCGACACACGUUCAACCUUCGGUAGGUACAACGCCCAAUCAACAUCCCACCUAUGGCCUACAAACGCCCCUUGUCAAUCCUUUGAUAUAUAAACCGAUAAAGCCUGUCUAUCCUGUCUAUUAUUAUUCAAAUUUAGCUUAUCAAUUACAAAAACCGACACUGCCAACCUAUCCGUGGAGUUAUGCACCCUCGUACGUUUCUGCGAAACCUGCUCAAAUAUGGAAAUGAGAUGAUGCUAUAUCCAUUGAACUAUACGCGACUCGUUCUCCCACGUCGUCGUGACUUGUUCACUCUCUCGAAUACGAAAGAAAGAAAGAAAGAAUGAAUGAAAGAAAGAAAUAUAGAAAGGAAGAAAGAAAGUCAGCAAGAGUUCGGAAAACGAGACUUCGAGUAAAUUUCUCGGAAAUGAGAAGAAGCAACGAGAUAAGAUGAACGAUCCGUAGAAAUUUCAUUUUAAUGGGAUGAAACUAUAGUUGAUUAAUUAUUAAGUAGAACAUCGAUUAGAGCUUCUUCGAUGACACUGUUAUCGAUGAUAGCUUAUAAGUAUCGAAAUACGAUACACUUUCCUUUGGACUCUCGAAUAACGUUCGUGUUCCUUCUCCUAUAACUCUCAUGAUAUUCUCUAACGUUGGAGUCCAUGUACAUAUAUAUAUAUAUAUACUCGCUCUUUAUUUAUUUGUUGAAAUAAAAACAUAUCUUUUUUUUUCUUUCUAUUUUCAUUCAUCCAUCAGAGAUAAUAUCUGCAUAUAUAUCGCAUUCUAUUAUGCGACCGUCCCAUAAAAAUACAUAAACUUUACCAGUUUAUCUUUUUCGAGUUGACGAUCCAGUUAGAAACUCGUUCGAUUAAUUCCCAUAUUUGUUUCUCUACGCAUGCUUGUUUGAAAAAAAAAAACACAACAAAAAACGGAGAAAAACAUCGUCGGAAUUUUUUCUUUUUAUCGUUUUUCUAAAGUUUUUAAAUUGAAACGAUCGUCGAACAAGGCCGAAAUUCAUGCGUGGAGAUAUAUAAUCAAUUGUAACGAUUUGAAACGGGCCGUUGCUUCGUCCGAUGGAAAGUCGUAACGAGAAAAUGUAGUGCGACCACUUCCGGUCGGUUGAAUCGAUACGAAAGAGAACUCUCACCGAAGUCGUGACGUCUUCAUGAUCACCGGUACAAUCGACAGCACGAUCGACGUUGCCUGGGUGCCCCGAUCCUGACCUCGAAAGUCGUUCGAUAAUUCUAACCACGGUCAAUGCGCGGACGGAUUAGCUGAGUUAUCCGAAGCAUACAUAAUAAACCAUUGGUAUUGGCAGGUGUAUCUAAGAUGGGUUAUCGAUUUCGUAAUCUUUCGGCGUGACUCUAUGCAAGAGAAGAUUCGCCGAACGAUCGAUUCAUCCGAUCAAGAUAAUAAAGAGAACAUAUUAUCGUGUUCGUUCAUCAUGUUAUAAGUCCAUCAUCAUAUUAUAACGCUAUUGUGUUGCAAAAAUUAUCAUAUAUAUAUAUAUAUAUAUAUAUAUAUAUAUAUAUAUAUAUAUCGUGCUUUUUUAUUUGAUCAUUCAGAACACGUUUAGUAAAAUAUGUAUUAUAAGUAUAUUUAAUUUGGAUAAAUUACCGUUAGAUAAUCGUAAGAUAUUACCAGUUUUAUAUAUUUUUUCUUUUUUUUUCUUUUCUUUUUUUUUCGUAGCACAAGAUACGAAAGGUUUAAAGGUCUAGUUCAUUUCGUAUCAUAAUAUUCUUUUUUAUUUUAUUCAAACCCGUCUUCAACUCACUUUUCUUGGUGACCCGGAUAAUCUCGCAGGUUUUUUUUUUAUUUCUUCUUCUUUUUCUCUUUUCCUUUUUUCUUCUUUUUUUCCCGUUACUUAUAUGUACGUAGAUACUUUUACUGUUUCAACGAUGGAAACCAGUCCGACGUAACAACCAAUCCAUUCGAUCCCUUUUUUUUUUUUUUUUUUUUGAAACUCAUCCUAAGAUUCCUAUUCGUUUGUUAGAGAUUUUAUAAGUUCGAUCUAACUCCUACAAAGUACGGUUUCUCUCGUUUCGUGUUAACGACGAUCGAAAUCGGAGCACGGAAUCGAUCGGUCAUCGAUCGGAUUUACGGGAGAUUCGUGGAGAUCGUAAAAGUUUUCGUGCGAUUCGAGAUUCAGCACGAGCAAACGAUUCUCUUCCUUCAUCUAUUCGGGUGAAAGUAAAACGAAAUGAAUCGCUUGUUUUCAGAUGGUUCCCGAUGUUGUUAAGUUCGAACGAGAAGGGAAGGAGUAAUUGGUGAUAUAUAUAUAUAUAUAUAAAGAAGAAUAGUUUCUGCAUAAAUUCACAUUGAUUAUCUAACUUGUUAUAUAUUUUUCUAUAUUUUCCUAUAUUUUCUUUUUGCAUAUAAAUCCAUAUUUUAUCAUAAUACUCGUUCAUAUUCUCUUUCUAUUUUUUCUUUUUAUUUUUCAUUUCCUUGCUUUUUCUUCUUCAUCUUGUUCGACUCUCCUCUGUUGUAUGUUAAUAUCAAAAGUAAAAAGUUAAACAAGUACCAGAAGGUUUUUCUAUUCACCAUCCGUACAUUUCACUUUCCAACCUCGGGAAUCUACUUUCAGAAGACAGCGAGAGCAAAGAAUGCGACUAGUAUAAAAGCGAAUCCUUUUACCUUACCUUUCAUACAACCAAAUACAUCUACAUACAUGCAGCGUCAAUUUUUUACCGGAGAUGAGUUCUUUUUUAUUUCUCUCUUUUUCUUUUUUUUUUUUUUUAA